CGCUAAAUGAGUAGGAUAUUCCAUUCUAUAGAGCUUGAGUAACGCUAAAUGAGUAGUGUAUUCCAUUCUAUAGAGCUUGACUAACGCUAAAUGAGUAGCAUAUUCCAUUCUAUAGAGCCCGGCUGACACUAAAUGAGUAGGAUAUUCCAUUCUACAGAGCUUGACGAACGCUAAAUGAGUAGGACACUCCAUUCUACAGAGCUUGACGAACGCUAAAUGAGUAGGACACUCCAUUCUACAGAGCUUGACUAACGCUAAAUGAGUAGGAUAUUCCAUUCUAUAGAGCUUUAGUAACGCUAAAUGAGUAGUGUAUUCCAUUCUAUAGAGCUUGACUAACGCUAAAUGAGUAGGAUAUUCCAUUCUAUAGAGCCCGGCUGACACUAAAUGAGUAGGAUAUUCCAUUCUAUAGAGCCCGGCUGACACUAAAUGAGUAGGACACUCCAUUCUACAGAGCUUGACGAACGCUAAAUGAGUAGGACACUCCAUUCUACAGAGCUUGACGAACGCUAAAUGAGUAGGACACUCCAUUCUACAGAGCUUGACGAACGUUAAAUGAGUAGGACCCUCCAUUCUGUGGAGCCUGGCUAACACUAAAUAAGUAGAUGUUAAAGAGACCCAUGCAGUUUCUGAUUCCAGUGUUUUUAAUAUCCGGUGGUCUCAGCGAAGUUUACCGUCGUGUUUGCAAUGUGGGACUCUGUUUGUUUGUCCUUGGAGUGACAUGACCCUUCGUUACUCUGCCAUGGUGUGAAGACCUAUAGGUGCUCUGAUAGCUCUCCGCUAUCAGAGCUAUAGUGGGAUUUCCUGAAAGGCGUCUCCUUAUAUAGCGGCCUAAUGUCUUCUGCCCCAGAUCAGUCAGUCUCACAGAGCAGCACAUGGCUAGUUACAGAAGGCCCCUUGCCAUGGCUGCUUGCUGGGGAGACAACUUGUAUUUGCGCCUUUAAUCUCACUGUUAGCCGUCAUUCUGGGAUAGCCUGAUUAAUUCAGCGUUCCUCGACACGCAGGUUCUUUCUCUAGCAAUCUGUCACAUCUGAGCUGAGUUAAUUAAAGCCACAGGAAGGGAGAUGGAAUUAGGGUGUCAGGAUUCCUGUACCCACCAGAUGUCUGACACUGUUAACGAUGUUAAAAAUAGUAACCAGCUCUUGGUUUGACUCCCUCAAAACUAACAUAAUUCCCUGUCGGUGCUGCGGCAAAUGCUGGCGCUAUUUAAUUAAUUGUAUGACGCCGAGUAUUGCUGCAAAUUCAAAGUGAUUUCUUUUUUAAUUUUAGGCCAAAACAAAUAAUUUAGCUGUGUUCCCAGUGCUGCUAUUUUGGCCUUACAUUUGAAAUCACAACAAUUCUCACUUUAAUAAAUAUCUGUUUCUGGGCUCACAUUGUCCACCCGCACACUGCCAGCCCUUAACGCCUACCUAUCUCCUCGCCUGCUGUCUGAACGCCGCGUGCAUGGCACUGAUGGACGCUGGCCUCCCCCUGCAUUUCCUCUUCUGUGGGGUCACUUGCGCACUGAAUCCUGAUGGCCACCUGACCCUUGACCCUAACACUAAGCAACAGAAGGUAAGUCCAUGGCUUGGGUGAGUACAUGGCGCAGCCUCCUGGCAGAGUUGGUAAAGGUUUUUAAUUAUGUUACUGUAUUAACAGGAGAGCCGAGCCGUCCUAACCUUCGCUAUAGAGAGUACGGAAAACAAAGUGUUAACAGUGUUUUCUCGAGGAACAUAUUCUACUACAGAGGUAAGGCCACCACCCUCAUACACAGUGCAUCCUAAUCCUUCACCUCCUAAUAAGAGAUCAGUCACGUCUCUUAUACAGGUGUUCAAUGGAAACCUCUAGGACUGGCAAGUUAGUGUAUUAAACUACUAGGACGGCGGGUGAGGGUAUAAAGCUGCUGAUGGGGAACCUCUAGGACUGGCGGGUGAGGGUAUAAAGCUGCUGAUGGGGAACCUCUAGGACUGGCGGGUGAGGGUAUAAAGCUGCUGAUGGGGAACCUGUAGGACUGGCGGGUGAGGGUAUAAAGCUGCUGAUGGGGAACCUCUAGGACUGGCGGGUGAGGGUAUAAAGCUGCUGAUGGGGAACCUCUAGGACUGGCGGGUGAGGGUAUAAAGCUGCUGAUGGGGAACCUCUAGGACUGGCGGGUGAGGGUAUAAAGCUGCUGGUGGGGAACCUCUAGGACUGGCGGGUGAGGGUAUAAAGCUGCUGAUGGGGAACCUCUAGGACUGGCGGGUGAGGGUAUAGAGCUGCUGAUGGGGAACCUCUAGGACUGGCGGGUGAGGGUAUAAAGCUGCUGGUGGGGAACCUCUAGGACUGGUGGGUGAGGGUAUAAAGCUGCUGAUGGGGAACCUCUAGGACUGGCGGGUGAGGGUAUAGAGCUGCUGAUGGGGAACCUCUAGGACUGGCGGGUGAGGGUAUAAAGCUGCUGAUGGGGAACCUCAAGGACUGGCGGUUGAGGGUAUAAAGCUGCUGGUGGGGAACCUCUAGGACUGGCGGGUGAGGGUAUAAAGCUGCUGAUGGGGAAUCUCUAGGACUGGCGGGUGAGGGUAUAAAGCUGCUGAUGGGAACCUCUAGGACUGGAGGGUGAGGGUAUAAAGCUGCUGAUGGGGAACCUCUAGGACUGGUGGGUGAGGGUAUAAAGCUGCUGUUGUAGGAUCGCGUUAACCCUCUCCCUGCUGCUGUUGUAGGAUCGCGUUAACUCUCUCCCUGCUGCUGUUUAUAGGAUCGUGUUAACCCUCUCCCUGCUGCUGUUAUAGGAUUGCGUUAACCCUCUCUCUGCUGCUGUUGUAGGAUCGCGUUAACCCUCUCCCUGCUGCUGUUGUAGGAUCGCGUUAACCCUCUCCCUGCUGCAUUUGUAGGAUCGCGUUAACCCUCUCCCUGCUGCUGUUGUAGGAUCGCGUUAACCCUCUCCCUGCUGCUGUUAUAGGAUUGCGUUAACCCUCUCCCUGCUGCUGUUAUAGGAUUGCGUUAACCCUCUCCCUGCUGCUGUUAUAGGAUUGCAUUAACCCUCUCCCUGCUGCUGUUAUAGGAUUGCGUUAAUCCUCUCCCUGCUGCUGUUUAUAGGAUUGCGUUAACCCUCUCCCUGCUGCUGUUGUAGGAUCGCGUUAAUCCUCUCCCUGCUGCUGUUUAUAGGAUCGCGUUAACCCUCUCCCUGCUGCUGUUUAUAGGAUCGCGUUAACCCUCUCCCUGCUGCUAUUUAUAGGAUUGCGUUAACCCUCUCCCCGCUGCUGUUGUAGGAGCGCAUUAACCCUCUCCCUGCUGCUGUUAUAGGAUUGCGUUAACCCUCUCCCUGCUGCUGUUUAUAGGAUUGCGUUAACCCUCUCCCCGCUGCUGUUGUAGGAGCGCGUUAACCCUCUCCCUGCUGCUGUUGUAGGAGCGCGUUAACCCUCUCCCUGCUGCUGUUAUAGGAUCGUGUUAACCCUCUCCCUGCUGCUGUUAUAGGAUCGCAUUAACCCUCUUCCUGCUGCUGUUGUAGGAUCGCGGUAACCCUCUCCCUGCUGCAUUUGUAGGAUCGCGGUAACCCUCUCCCUGCUGCAUUUGUAGGAUCGCGGUAACCCUCUCCCUGCUGCUGUUGUAGGAUCGCGGUAACCCUCUCCCUGCUGCUGUUAUAGGAUUGCGUUAACCCUCUCCCUGCUGCUGUGCAGUUUGUUUCAGUAGCUCAGACUGUAUUACUCUGGAUCUGGAGCGACAGCUAUGCAGUGCAGAGCGUUUUAUGUACAAAUUCACAAGAGAGACUCAGGACCGUGUGUUUACUAUUAACAUUCCCGGGGAGUUUCUUUUGCUGGAUGAUGUGAAAUCUCACUGUCCGUGGCCUUGGAGUAAUCAGCUGUUACGUGGCAGCUCGUGGCUAGCCUUACCAAACCGAGCACAGCCAUUCUUAUAAUCCAAAUCUAAGAAUAAAGUGUUCAAUCAUUAUCUUUCUAAACCCUCAAUUUCACAGCUACUGCACCCUGCAGCUCUCUCUGCUAUUCCUGUACUGACCCCACGCACAGCUCUGUCACUACACCUCCAUCCUGCCCUGCAACUCUCUCUGCUAUUCCUGUACUGACCCCACACACAGCUCUGUCACUACACCUCCAUCCUGCCCUGCAGCUCUCUCUGCUAUUCCUGUACUGACUCCACACACAGCUCUGACACUGCACCUCCAUCCUGCCCUGCAGCUCUCUCUGCUAUUCCUGUAUUGACCACACACAGCUCUGUCACUGCACCUCCAUCCUGCCCUGCAGCUCUCCCUGCUAUUCCUGUACUGACCCCACACACAGCUCUGUCACUACACCUCCAUCCUGCCCUGCAGCUCUCUCUGCUAUUCCUGUACUGACCCCACACACAGCUCUGUCACUGCACCUCCAUCCUACUCUGCAGCUCUCUCUGCUAUUCCUAUACUGACCCCUCACAGAGCUCUGUCACUACACCUCCAUCCUGCCCUGCAGCUCUCUCUGCUAUUCCUGUACUGACCCCACACACAGCUCUGUCACUGCACCUCCAUCCUGCAUGCAGCUCUCUAUACUAUUCCUGUACUGACCCCACACACAGCUCUGUCACUACACCUCCAUCCUGCCGUGCAGCUCUCCCUGCUAUUCCUGUACUGACCCCACACACGGCUCUGUCACUACACCUCCAUCCUGCCCUGCAGCUCUCUCUGCUAUUCCUGUACUGACCCCCACACACAGCUCUGUCACUACACCUCCAUCCUGCCCUGCAGCUCUCUCUGCUAUUCCUGUACUGACUCCACACACAGCUCUGUCACUGCACCUCCAUCCUGCCCUGCAUCUCUCUGCUAUUCCUGUACUGACCCCACACACAGCUGUGUCACUGCACCUCCAUCCUGCCCUGCAGCUCUCUGCUAUUCCUGUACUGACCCCACACACAGCUUCUGUCACUGCACCUCCAUCCUGCCCUGCAGCUCUCUCUGCUAUUCCUGUACUGACCCCCCCACACAGCUCUGUCACUACACCUCCAUCCUGCCCUGCAGCUCUCUCUGCUAUUUCUGUACUGACCCCACACACAGCUCUGUCACUACAUCUCCAUCCUGCCCUGCAGCUCUCUGCUAUUCCUGUAUUGACCCCACACACAGCUCUGUCACUGCACCUCCAUCCUGUCCUGCAGCUCUCACUGCUAUUCCUGUACGGUGUUUACAGACUGCUGUCUGGGUUCCAUAUGAUCUAAAGGUUUAACAUAAAUAUGAAGUGUUUUCAUGUUUUUUAUUCUCUGAGCGCUGAAGGUCCCGAGUCGGGCGUCACAGAGUACAAAGUGUUCUGUGUCUCUCUGUCACAUACACAUAGCUUACAAAUCGUUCCCAGCUGGGCUUUCAUAUCUCACAUUGUGUCUCUGAGCAUCUGAAUCUUCACCUGAAUAUCAAUAAGAUAAACUCGGUAUUACAGCCUGCAACCACCGAGCCAUUGUGUUACAGCUCCUUCUGUCUGUGUCACCCUGCAGUGGGAGGGACAGACUCUGUGUCCCAUAGCUCCUUCUGUCUGUGUCACCCUGCAGUGGGAGGGACAGACUCUGUGUCCCGUAGCUCCUUCUGUCUGUGUCACCCUGCAGUGGGAAGGACAGACUCCGUGUCCCGUAGCUCCUUCUGUCUGUGUCACCCUGCAGUGGGAGGGACAGACUCCGUGUCCCAUAGCUCCUUCUGUCUGUGUCACUCUGCAUCGGGAGGGACAGACUGUGUGUCCCAUAUCUCCUUCUGUCUGUGUCACCCUUCAGUGGGAGGGACAGACUCUGUGUCCCAUAGCUCCUUCUGUCUGUGUCACCCUGCAUCGGGAGGGACAGACUGUGUGUCCCAUAUCUCCUUCUGUCUGUGUCACCCUGCAGUGGGAGGGACAGACUCUGUGUCCCAUAUCUCCUUCUGUCUGUGUCACCCUGCAGUGGGAGGGACAGACUCUGUGUCACCCUGCAGUGGGAGGAACAGACUGUGUGUCCCAUAGCUCCUUCUGUCUGUGUCACCCUGCAGUGGGAGGGAUAGACUCCGUGUCCCAUAGCUCCUUCUGUUUAUGUCACCCUGCAGUGGGAGGGACAGACUGUGUGUCCCAAUAGCUCCUUCUGUCUGUGUCACCCUGCAGUGGGCAGGUCUAUGGGUGCUGUAUGAUUUGUUGCCUGUAAUGUGUGUUGUCCAGCAUUGAUAGAGUUAAUCGUUUGCUCAGUAUCUUUGUUAGUAAUGUGGGAUCUGGGUUGUACGGUUGUGGUUCCAUCUCUCUCUACAUGUUAAGAAUUCCCUCCAGGCAGAUAGACUGGGAGAUUUUAAUAAAGUGAACUUAUGAGAAUCAUUAAAUUUGUACAAAUAAUCUGUGUCCCUGCAGCGAUUCUUAAACUGAGCGGGGGAGGAGGGUACUGCGCUCACACACACUGUGUAUAUUACCGCACUCACUCUGUGUAUAUUACCGCGCUCCCUCACACUGUAUAUAAUACCGUGCUCCCUCACACUGUGUAUAAUACCGCGCUCCCUCACACUGUGUAUAAUACCGCGCUCCCUCACACUGUGUAUAAUUCCACGCUUACUCACUCUCACACUCUUUCUGUCUCCCCAGCUCCAGCAGAGUAUCGCUGUGGCUCAGAUCGCAGCUCAGAAGAUCUUUACAUUUUACAGAGACUCGGUGAGGAGAAGAUACUCGAAAUCCUGAGAAAACUGUUUCUUUGCAGAGAAAGGAGAUCCAUUUUUCUUAGCCACUCCCAUCCCCUUACAAUCGCCUUCCCUUACCCCUCCUUCACAGCCCUCACCCCUCCAUCACCCCAUUGCCUCCCCUCACCCCUCCGUCACCCCAUUGCCUCCCCUCACCCCUCCGUCACCCCAUUGCCUCCCCUCACCCCUCUGUCACCCCAUUGCCUCCCCUCACCCCUCCGUCACCCCAUUGCCUCCCCUCACCCCUCCGUCACCCCAUUGCCUCCUCACCCCUCCGUCCACCC